AUGUUCAACUUAUCUGAUUUCACAUUGAUGACACUUCAAAUAAAAGAUGAGGAUGCCUGUCCUCAAUUAUUUGGAAACUUCAAAGGUUUCAAGCCUGAAAGGGUGCCUCAGAACCUGGAUGUAAUUGUGAUUGGAAGUGGACCCUCAGGUUUGAAUGCUGCACAUUUAUUGGCCAAGGCUGGGAAAAAGGUUCUGGUGUUGGAGCAACAUGACACAGCUGGUGGAUCCCUGCAUACAUUUGUUGAUCAUGGGUACGAGUUUGACUCAGGACAUCACAUCUCUAUUGAUGUUGGGAAAAAUAGCAUAGCUGGCCUCUGUCUGAAAGUACUUUUGGAUGGAAAAGUAAAAUUUUCUCCAACAAGGAAGUACAGAGAUGAGAUGGUGAUUGGCUCACCAAGGAAUCCCAAAGAUGGAGUGAGAAGAUACAUUUUCCAGACUGAAACGGUGGAUGAAUGGAAACAAUCCGUGCUGAAGUAUUUUCCUGGGGAAGAAAAGUUCAUCUCUGAGUUGGCCAGUGAUAUGAAAUGGAGUGUUCCCACAUUUCUGCCAUUUCUGAUAGUCAAGUUCCUUCCCAAAUGGCUGGCAUUGCUUCUGAUCAAGCUGAGGUUCUUUGACAUCUUGACAAAUUAUCCAAAAUACAACAGCAUCUCUACAAAAGAGAAGUUUCAGAAAUUGAGCCAAAGAUAUUCAGACUUGCCUCUAGUACUCAAUCCUUACCCUUUGGAGAUGAAUGUUGCUGCAGAUGAGUUCCCAUACUCUCUUUGGCUUCUUACUCAGAAGUUAUCACUUCAAGGCCCUUUUUACCCUGUGGGUGGUACAUCAAAAAUGGCUUAUUAUGCUGCCAAAAAUGUGAGGGAUGCUGGGGCAGAGAUUCUAGUAAGAGCAAAAGUUGUCAAAAUCAUUACCUCAGGUCAAAAGGCUGUUGGAGUCACUGUGCAAAAAGGCUCAACCACUACAGAUGUGUUUGCACCCAUAAUCAUUUCCACAGCUGGCAUUGAAAUCACCUUCAAACACUUACUGCCAAGAGCCAUAACUGAUUCUUCAGAGUGGUACAGAGAAGCUAAACCCUUUAUGAACAAACCCACUGCCUACUUUCAGUUAUUUGUUGGGUUGAACAAGACUGCAGAAGAACUUGAAUUACCAUGGCAACCCAUCAGAUGUUUCACCACAAACAAGGAAUGUGGAGAGGUCUUCAAUGAAUAUCUGUCCCUAUCUCUGGAAGAGGCAAUGGAGGUGGACAUUCCUUUAAUGAUUGUUUACUUCAGUUCUGCAAAGGAUCCUACCUACAAUCAGAGGCAUCCAGGGAAGUCCACUUUUGAAAUAUUUGUGAUUGCAAACAAUGAGUGGUUCAACAAGUGGCAGCACUUACCUAUAAAAAAGAGAGGUGAUGAGUAUGAUGCACUGAAGAAAGCAUUUGGUCAGAAGAUAUUGGAUCAGGCCUUGGAA